GAGAUUAGCUCGACCCGCUGACCCCCGCUCGCAGAACCGGCCAGUGUUCUUCAGAUUCAUCAGUUCAGUAUGAUUGCUUGCUAGGCCCUUUCUAUUGAGUACCUGCUAGGUGCUCCUCGUUUCUGCCGGAAUUUGCUGCUAUGAGCGCGUCUGGUCGAGGCGGUAGAGGGGACCUGGAAGCGGGAGCCGAGCCAGGCACGGACUCAGGUCUCGCCUCGGGAUUUUCGUCAACUGCUGGAUGAGAGCAUCAGGCGGUCAAUCCUCAGGUUCCACUAACGUGGGAUCCACUAGCGGGCUGACAAUACAGUCCAGUGGUAUACCACCGUCUGCUCAGUCCGGCGUGCCACCAUCGCACUCGCUAUCUGUUGGGGUAUCAGGAGCUGGAAACCAGGGGUCAGCUGCAGUGCGGGAAGUCUGUGUCAAUGUCCAGCCGUUCUUCUUCGUCCUCUCCCUCAUGUUUCUCCUCAUGCUUCUCAGCUUCCCUGAAGGUUCAGAGUUCCUGCUAUGGGUGUUCAUCGGUGCGUUUGUGGCGGCCAUGCUGCGGGGCUUCACCCUCUACCGCCAUCUAGCUGACCAAGCCAGAGCUCAGAGGGCCUUCGCCCGCCUCCUCGGCCUCCCCCCUUCCUCCACCUCCUUCCUCCUCUCCUCCCCCUCGCUCUCCUCCCCGUUCCCCCAUUCGGGCCACCAUUCUCCAACGGUCCCUUCCAGCCAUCUUUUCUACCUCACGGGGCACCGCCCUUCCUCUGUCCGACCUCCCCCUCUUCCCCGCCUUCCCCUCUCUCUCCCCUUUCCCCACCUUCCCUUCAUCCCUCUCGCCCUCCAUCUCGCCCUCCCCCUCCUUCGGAAGCCUCGCUCAAUCCACGUCAGCAGUGGCCAGGUCAGCAUCCACGUCAGCUUCUGCUGGAGCUGAGUCGGCAGGAAACGGAGCAACAGCAUCUGCUUCUGGUGCCCAAAUUAUGCACGGGCAGCAGCCACAGGCACAAUUCAGAUCAGAGCUCGGUGGGGAGUGGUUUGGUGGUGGGGAGAGAGGUGGAAGAGUGGAGGACGGUCCCUUGCUUGCUGCGAGAAUAGGAUCGCUGGUGCGAGCACAGUAUGGCCAGCAGCAGGGGCAGCAGGGGCAGGGGGAGGGAGAGCGCAUGUGGCUGGAGCACCAGGCGCAGCUGCGGCGGUUACAGCGUCACCUGGGGUUACAGCUGGCGCUCAUGCACCGAGACCUGCAGGCAUCAGACUACGAGCUGCUGCGUGCUCUGGAUGCGGACAACACACCGUCAGUCCCUGCUCUCAGCGACCUUGAGAUUGCUCGCCUGCCUGCUUUCCCAUACAAGCCAAAGAGGAGUCAAUCUGGUGGAUACAAGCCACGGCCUGGCCCCGCUUUGCCCUCGUUAUCUCCACCAUCGGUACAAGGAGCAGCAGCAUCAGCAGCACUGACAGCAUCAGCCGCAUCAGCAGCAGCCAGUGCAGCAACUAGUGAUCUGGCCUCAACCCAGCAGGCGAAGGAGGGUGACGACAGUAGCAAUAGCAGUGAGCGGUGCACCGUGUGUCUGGAGCCCUUCCAGGAAGGGGAGAUGGUUCGCCUGCUACCAUGCUUGCACCAGUUCCACUCGCCCUGUAUUGAUCAGUGGCUACAGCGCCAAGCAAAUUGCCCUAUUUGCAAGCACCAGCUCGUGCUGUCGUGAGGUCCAGUAGGUACUUCCUUUCAUAGGAUUGCUGUAGGCUAUUGUGUGAAUGUUCAAACCCGGACCCAGAGGUUAGUGAUAGCUGUUGUCGACCAUCAGGGCUCCUGUAGGUUGUAUUUCCACUGGCCUUAUUUUACAUUUCUUGGCUACGAACUUGGCGC